CUUCCUUGCCUGUGCACGCAUGCGCCAGGAGAAGGGGUUUGCUUCCGGACUGGGAAAGAGAACGGGAAGCGCUGCAGAGAAGCUGAAGUGGAGAAAAGCAGCAGAGCUGGAGCCUGGGAAAGUUUACUCAAAAAGAGAAGCCUCAGAUCAUAACCAACUGAAUAAAGGGAAGUUCUCACAGGUAAAAGUAACCUAGGAGAAGGAGAUGGAAGAGCAAGACCCAGAAGGACCUGGAAUGGGCAAGACGGCAAGGAAAAGCCCCCAUCCCAUCCAACCUGGAAGUGUUGUUGAAUUCUGGGAAAGGACUGGGCCAGAGAUCUUGGCUAAGGACACCAUCACUUCAGAUGUCCACUGCCAACUCUUCCGGCGGUUCCGCUACCAUGAGGCCGUUGGGCCCCAAGAGGUUUGCAGCCAGCUCCAUGGACUUUGCAACCAGUGGGUGAAGCCAGAGAGGCAAACCAAGAAGCAGAUCCUGGACCUGGUGAUCCUGGAGCAGUUCCUGACUCUCCUGCCCCAAGAAAUGCAGUGCUGGGUCAGAGGAUGUGGGCUGGAGACCAGUUCCCAGGCGGUGACCCUGGCCGAAGGUUUCCUCCUGAGUCAGGCAGAGGAGAAGAGGCAGGCAGAACAGAUGUGGGGACCACCUUUGAAGAUGGAAGCUACAAUCCCUGAAGAAGAAGGAGCUCUCUUGGAGCAGGGGCAGAGGGUGCAGGCGGUGGAGCAUGCCCAAGAUGCCCUCUCCUGUGGAACAGGCAGUAGAGAGAUGCUGUUGAGCCGUUGUCUUUUUCAAGGUGUGGGAACACCUGCUGCACCUCCAAUCCAGGUUCCCUUUUCCUUGGAGGAGGUGUCCGUCUCUUUCACGGAGGCUGAGUGGGCCCUACUGGAUCCGGGACAAAGAGCUCUGUACUGGGAAGUCAUGCUGGAGAACUAUGGGAAUGUGGCCUUUUUGGCAGAAAAUGAUCAGAGGAAUGAGGAGGGGGAGGAACUUCAUCAGCAAAUGCCGGACUUGAAUGAAAACGUCAGGAGUAAAGGCAGACCUAAAAGAAAGACAGACAGUGGUAUGGUUGAGAAGCGUGAUGGAGGAAAGUGGAACGUACAUUUUUCAAACCAAAGGAUAUUGAAGGCAAGGAAAUCCAUUCAAUGUGGAAAGUAUUUCAGAAAUAGAUCGCAGCUCCUUGUAACCCAAAGAAUACACAGAGAGGAGACACCUGAAUAUUCAGAGAUGAGAAAUGAAUUCAGUCAGAGUAGCUUUCUUCAGCUUCAUCAAAAAACUCUCAAAGGAGAGAAAACUUUUAACUGCUUAGAGUGUGGAAAGAGAUUCAGUCAGAGGGGACAUCUUCAGUGUCAUCAGAGAACCCACACAGGGGAGAAACCUUUUGAAUGCUCAGAGUGUGGAAAGGGAUUCAGACACAGAGGCCAUCUUCACCAGCAUGAAAGAACGCACACAGGUGAGAAACCUUUUGAAUGCUCAGAGUGUGGAAAGAGAUUCAGUCAGAGUGGCAGUCUUCAAUAUCAUCAGAGAACCCACACAGGGGAGAAACCUUUUGAAUGCUCAGAGUGUGAUAAGAGAUUCAGUAGAAGCAGUCUUCUUCAUUAUCAUCAGAGCACCCACACAGGGGAGAAACCUUUUGAAUGCUCAGAGUGUGGUAAAAGAUUCAGUCGGAGUGGCAGUCUUCAAAAGCAUCAGAGAACCCACACAGGGGAGAAUCCUUUUGAAUGCUCAGAGUGUGGGAAGAGAUUCAGUACAAGUAGCAAUCUUCAACAUCAUCAGAGAACCCAUACAGGGGAGAAACCAUUUGAAUGCUCAGAGUGUGGAAAGAGAUUCAAUUUCAAUGGCGAUCUUAAAAAACAUCAGAGAACCCACACAGGAGAAAAACCCUUUGAAUGUUCAGAAUGUGGAAAGAAAUUCAGUCGGAGGGAUCGUCUUCAAUAUCAUCAGAGAACCCACACAGGGGAGAAACCUUUUGAAUGCUCAGUGUGUAGAAAGAGAUUCAUUUGGAGUGGCUGUCUUCAAGAGCAUCAGAGAACCCACACAGGGGAGAAGCUUCUUGAAUGCUCAGAAUGUGGAAAGAGAUUCAGUUUCAAUGGCGAUCUUAAAAAGCAUCAGAGAACACACACAAGAGAAGAACCCUUUGAAUGCUCAGAAUGUGGAAAGAGAUUCAGUCGGAGGGGUCAUCUUCAAUGUCAUCAGAGAACCCACACACGGGAGAAACCUUUUGAAUGCUCAGAGUGUGGAAAGGGAUUCAGACACAGAGGCCAUCUUCACCAACAUGAAAGAACGCACACAGGUGAGAAACCUUUUGAAUGCUCAGAGUGUGGAAAGAGAUUCAGUCAGAGUGGCAGUCUUCAAGAGCAUCAGAGAACCCAUACAGGGGAGAAACCUUUUGAAUGCUCAGAGUGUGGGAAGAGAUUCAGUAGAAGCAAUCGUCUUCAUUAUCAUCAGAGCACCCACACAGGGGAGAAACCUUUUGAAUGCUCAGAGUGUGGUAAGAGAUUCAGUUGGAGUGGCAGUCUUCAAAAGCAUCAGAGAACUCACACAGAGGAGAAUCCUUUUGAAUGCUCAGAGUGUGGGAAGAGAUUCAGUCAGAUUGGCAGUCUUCACCGUCACCAGUUAACCCACACAGGGGACAAACCUUUUGAAUGCUUAGAGUGGAAAGAGUUUCAGUACUAGUGGCCAUCUUCAAUGUCAUCAGAGAACGCACACAGGGGAGAAGAGAAACCUUUUGAAUGCUCAGAAUGUGGAAAGGGAUUCAGACACACAGGGCAUCUUCACCAGCAUGAAAGAACGCACACAGGCGAGAAACCUUUUGAAUGCUCAGAAUGUGGAAAGAGAUUCAGUAGAAGCAAUCGUCUUCAUUAUCAUCAGAGAACCCACACAGGGGAGAAACAUUUUGAAUGCUCAGAGUGUGGUCGGAGAUUCAGUUGGCGUGGCAGUCUUCAAAAGCAUCAGAGAACCCACACAGGGGAGAAUCCUUUUGAAUGCUCAGAGUGUGGGAAGAGAUUCAGUCAGAGUGGCAGUCUUCAACGUCACCAGGGAACCCCACACAGGGGACAAACCUUUUGAAUGCUUAGAGUGGAAAGAGAUUCAGUACUAGCGGCAGUUUUCAAAAGCAUCAUAGACCCAACACGGGGGAGAAUCCUUUUGAAUGCUCAGAUUGUGGAAAGAGCUUCAGCACGAGUCGCCAUCUUCACCAGCAUUGUAGAAACCACACAGAAGAAAUGAUUUGAAUGCUCAGAAUUUGAAAAGAGAUUUAGUCAGCGUGGCCAUCUUCAACAGAACCCACACAGGGGAGAAAUGUUAUGAAUGCUCAUAGUAUGGAAAGAGAUUCAGUUAUAGGGGAAUCUUCAAGAGAAUCAAUAAACACACAGGGGAGAAACCUUUUGAAUUCUCAGACUGUGGAAGGAGAUUCCGCUGCAGAAACACUCUCUGAUGGCAACUGAGAAUCCACACAAGGAAGACACAAUUUUAAUAUUUGUUGCAUUGAAAGAGAUUAAGUCAGAGCGGUACUUUUCUGCUGUGUCAAGAACAUAAGAACUUUUCUCCCUUUCUCACAAUACAAGAACUUGUGGGCAUUCAAUGAAAUUGCUGAGCAGUAGGUUUAGAACGGAUAAAAGGAAGUCCUUGUUCACCCAAAGGGUGAUUAACAUGUGGAAUUCACUGCCACAGGAGGUGGUGGCGGCUACAAGCAUAGCCAGCUUCGAGAGGAGUUUGGAUAAAAAUAUGGAGCAGAGUCCAUCAGUGGCUGUUAUCCACAGCAUAUUGUUGGAACUGUCUGGGGCAGUGAUGCUCUGUAUUCUUGGUGCUUGGGGGUGGGGGCAAAGUGGAAGGACUUCCAGCCCCACUUGUGACCCUCCUUUUUUUGGCCACUGUGUGACACAGAGUGUUGGACUGGAUGGGCCAUUGGCCUGAUACAACAUGGCUUCUCUUAUGUUCUUAUACAACAUGGCUUCUCUUAUGUUCUUAUAAGAGAAGCCAUGUUGGAUCAGGCCAAUGGCCCAUCUAGUCCAACACUUUUUGUGUCAUACAGUGUCCAGAAAAAAAAAAACCAAGUGCCAUCAGGAGGUUCACAAGUAGGGCUAGAAGCCCUUCCACAUUGCCCUCCCACCCCAGCACCAAGAAUACAGAGCAUCACUGCCCCAGACACAGAGUUCCAACAAUAUGCUGUGGCUAACAGCCACUGAUGGACCUUUGCUCCAGAUGUUUAUCCAAUCCCCUCUUGAAGCUGGCUAUGCUUGUAGCCGCCACCUACUGUGGCAGUGAAUUCCACGUGUUAAUCACACUUUGGGUAAAGGACUUCCUUUUAUCCAUUCUAACCUGACUGCUCAGCAAUUUCAUUGAAUGCACACAAGUUCUUGUAUUGUGAGAAAGGGAGAAAAGUACUUCUUUCUUCACCUUCUCUGUCCCACACAUAAUCUUUACUCAGCUGGAAACUCAGGAGGUAGAUCUCUUUUUUCUUUCUUGUCAUAUGCAAGGCUACAGAGAUUGUUUUGCCUCAUAUCAAUCUUGUUCUAUAUGUAUUUAAUAAACCUUAUCUCUUUUGCUAA